UUUUUCUUCAGUUGCGUGUUGACCAUGAGGGGGGUAAUGCAGUUUUUCUAAAAUAAUAACAAAACUACGUACUUCUAACGUGAUUAUUAUGAUAGAAACGUAAAUAACUUCAUUAACUGCACGAAUUGCCUGUUACAACGAUUUACUGGCUUUUAUUGGCGGAUUACAAUACUCCUCGCAAAAUGGUCUACACAAUUGUAUUUUUUGUAUUAGCAACACUGCCACUUUUGAAUUCAGAAUACAUUCCACCCGGUCCUGCAUAUUCAUGCCCGAAGGAGACAACAUUAUUGUAUCCCUGUAUUUGUGAGAAAGGAACAGAUUCAGGGCUGUAUAUACGUUGUGAAAAUGCAGGUUUGGCUCUUAUCAGUGUGGGAAUUGGCAACAUAGCUGGUAUGGGGUUGCCAAUAGAGAGACUGUUGCUGAAGGAAUGCAAAUUUACAAACCUCUUUGGUUCAUUACUCCAUAGAUCGACUGUACGUAUCUUGGAGAUAGUGGACACACCUAUUACGAGCAUUGAAGAGUACGCUUUUGCUGGUGUAAACAGAACAUUGCAGGAGAUAUACUUGACAAAUACCAAGCUUGUCGAUUUUCCUAAGGAGGCUUUUAAGAUCUUGGGCAACCUUUCAGUAUUGUCUAUUGAUGGACACCAAAUGACUAAAUUGAGUAAGGACAUGUUCGCAGGCAGUGAAGCUGUGGGAAAACUGGAGAGAUUACACCUUGUUAACGGCUUAAUAUCUGAUAUACCCAUAGAAGCAUUUCAGAACCUGCGUAAGUUAAAAAAGUUAGAUCUGCACGGAAACAGGCUUGUGUCCUUGAAGAAGAAUCAGUUCAAGGGACUCCGGGACACCGAUGUCUUGGAUCUGAGUCACAACAAUAUCACGAGGCUGGACGGCACUCACAUCGGGGACCUGACCAAGUUGGGCUGGUGCAACGUCAGCCACAACGACAUCAAGGAAAUACCCCGGGGGAUGUUCGCGAGGAACAAUCUACUGAAAGUCCUGCAUUUGGAUAAUAAUAAAUUGAAGAAAUUGGACACGAAUAGUUUCCGAGGAAUGAGGUUUCUGAGGCGUUUAUUCCUUCAAGACAAUCAGAUCUCGGAUAUAGGCAGGGGGACCUUCUCGGCCGUGACCAGAAUAGGCACCGUGGACCUGGCGAGGAAUAAAAUCAAGAAAGUCGACUAUCAAAUGUUUCAAUCGGUCAAAUUUGCUGACACGAUAAACUUGGCGGAGAACGAGAUAACCGUGAUCGAAGCCCAGGCUUUCACGGACCUGUAUCUGGCGACGGUGAACGUCUCCCACAACCAGCUCUCCAAGAUCGAACCGAAGGCCUUCCAGAACUGCAACAACCUGACCGUGCUGGACUUGCGCUACAACAACCUGACGGUCAUCGAUAGGAGCGCCUUCGACGAGAACACAUACGCGUAUGAAUUGAAUGUCGCCCACAACCACAUCACGGAUUUCAGUCAGAUCCCCAUACAGAACAUGACGGGCAUAAGGAUCUUGAAUGCGACCUUCAACCAGAUCACCGGGAUACCGAAAGCGGCGUUUCCCAAACUGUACGAGCUCCACACCGUCGAUCUGUCACACAACAACAUCAGCGACAUCUUCAAUGCGGUUUUCCAGAACCUGUUCUCCUUGAGAUUCGUGAAUCUGAGCCACAACAGCUUGGAGCGCAUAAAACCCGCCAUGUUCGGCACCCUACCCACCGUCUUGGAGCUGGAUCUGUCGCACAACCUGCUGAGUGACGUGUCGAGGGGCGGGCUCGCCAAGCUGGCCAGCUGCCGCCUCCUGGACAUGAGCCACAAUCAACUGGAGAAGAUAUUCCAGAUACCCAUCAGUCUGGGCGAAUUGAACGUAGCGCAUAACAAUCUGAGAGAGAUAAAAUCGAACACGUGGCCUUCGAUGAACGCUCUGCUGCGUCUCAACCUGUCGGCCAACAUGCUCGGCGACAUGCUCGCCAGCGACAGCUUCUCCAGUCUGCUGACCUUGCAGACUCUGGACUUAUCAUCGAACGGGCUCACCAGACCGCCGUGGGAGGCCCUGAGCAGUCUGACGAGCUUACAGUAUUUAUAUAUGCAGGAUAACAAUCUGACGUCACUAAGCAAGUCGUCAUUUGGAAACCUGCCCACGCUAUUCGCGCUGGACCUGUCGCGCAACGCCAUAGCUUCUGUGGAGCGCCGCGCUUUCAAUGGCCUGCAGCAGCUACUGGACCUCAGGCUGUCAGGGAAUCAACUGGAGCACGUCCCCAACGAGGCUUUUAAGGGCCUGGUAGCGCUCAGGAAGCUCGACCUGUCUCACAACUUACUGGAGAAGAUCGACAACAAAACGAACGGACUUCUGGAUGACUGUCUGUCCUUGGAGACGGUCAACUUGAGUCACAACAACAUCGGCUUCCUAACGAAGAAGAUGUUCCCGGCGAGCCCCUGGAUCCCGUACAGACUGUCGGAGAUCGACCUGAGUCACAACUCGCUGGCGGUCGUCACGCACGACAUAACGGUGGGCGCGGGGCGCGUGCGGAGGCUGAGUCUGGCCGGCAAUUACAUCAACGACAUCAGGAACAAUGUCCUGGGCAACCUGACCUCGCUGGAGACCUUGGACCUUUCGCGGAACAACCUCAAGGACUUAGUGUCUAAAACAUCGGAAAUGAAAUUCUCUUUCCCCGGGAACAUAACAGAGCUGUAUCUGAAUGACAACGAGCUGGAGGAUCUCCCGAUCAAGGAGCUGAUGAAGGCUGACAAACUGACGGUGCUGGACGUCAGGGGCAACCGGUUAACCAGCUUCGACCCCCGCCUGGUCGCGAGGGUCCGAGACCGGGGCUUGCAGGUCUACUUUGAAGGCAACACUUUGUUAUGCGACUGCUUCGUUCGGCCCCUGAAGCAUUACUUAAACAAACUGUCCCAGACGUACUUGCGCGGCGACGCUAAGUACUCAAACGUGAGCUGCGCUGAGCCUCCGAGCUUGGAGAACGUGAGCAUAUUGGACGUGGACGAGGAGAGGCUGCUGUGCGCUGGCAACAUUGAGACCGACGAGAAGAUAAAAGAAUAUGGCAACACCGCGGACGAGUCAUUCAAUUUCAUAACGGAACCAGACUUGGCCUUCAGGGACAUACAGUAUUCCCAGGAGGCGAUCUACGUGCACUGGUACGUGAGGUCGGCGGGGGAUGUAGCCGACACGCAGCUAUACGUGCGGGGGCAGGGGGGGGACGUGCUGCACGCCGCGCGCGCCCCCUACACCGCGCGCUCCUACACCGUCCCCCUGGACGCGGGGGUGCGAGGGGCGUUGGGGGGAGGCGGCGCGCUGUGCGUGCAAGCCGUGACGUCAGCGGGCGCGCCCCGACGCUGGUACCCCUCGCAGUGCCAACCAAUAAACGGGCGUCUCCACCUAUGGCCCAAGACGCUAAACGUGGAUAAGCGGAGACUGUCCCGGCCCAGGGGACGCGCCACUAGCAGUGUCCUGGGACUCGUCAGCGACUCUAUCCUGAUCACGCUGUGCAUAUUCCUGGGGGUCUGUCUGAAGAUAACCGACGUUGAGCUAUGAGACCGGGACUACUCCCACGGCUGAACCUCGUGUUUGCGUCUGACUUCAAUAAUGGAGGUUAUCAAUUCGACUGUAUUUAUUGUGACGUGUCUCAAAUCUUUUUUCUAGGUGAAGAAAGGAUUUUUUGUUGUUUUUAUUAAUUUAUUUGAUGGUCUCUCGCGUGGUUCCUAAUGCUAUCCAAGAUUCGACCGGCGAUCCGAAGAUCGCCCUCAAUAAUACAAAUCCAACUGAUUUCGAUGACUAUGACGAUUUUCUAAUUUAAUUUCGGCUAAAGAGUGCUGCUAUUCGUUGAUUUUUUAUUUUUUUUAUUUUAUGACCUGGUAACUAAGACCUUUAAGUCAAGUCUUAUUUUAAUUUUAAUUAUAACUUUUUUAUAUGAAAUAUGAUAUUAUGAAAUGAUUUUUUUUUAUUGCCCAUGUCGGCAGACGAGCAUACAGCCCACAUGAUGGUGAGUGGUUACCGUCGCCCAUGGGCUUCAGCAAUGCCAGGUGCAGAGCCAAGCCGCUGCCUACCGCUUAAUACUCUCCACAAGCCGCGUUUGAAGAAGGACAUGUCAUAGCGCUCGGGAACCACCAUGGUGGGGAGCUCAUUCCAUAGCCGGAAAUGAAUUUGAUUAUUAUGAAACAUGGCAUGAAAUGAAAUGAAAACGAAACGAAAUGAGAUGAUAUGGGGUGAAGUAUAAUUUCAGUGAAAUUGUGGUCAUUUACUGAGACUUUUUCAAUGGACUUUUUGGAGGAUCCCGAGAAGUUACGUCCAGCAGCGUUUGUUUCAUUUUGCCACAUUUGUGUACUUUCACAGAUAUUAAACAGUUAAUAAACCACCGUUAUUACACAUUUAAACCUGAAGAAACACUAAUUAGACAAAAUAACACAAAAUCACACAACUUCACUCCUCGCGUUCCAGCCAAAAAGUCCGUCUCUCAAUACUAGUCCGUGACAUCUGUUCACGACUCAACCUAACCUAAUAUAUUCCAAGAACCUGGAGAUCAGUAAUACGGGUCUUUGAACCUAGUACAGACUUCAGCACAGCAACAAAAUCACACAACUACACUCCUCGCGUUCCCGCCAAAAAGUCCGCUGUUCGUCGAAAAAUGAAAAUUGUAACUACCCUCAAAAAAAAUUUUUUCUUUUGAAAUUUCGACUUGAUGUCCCAAUUCUUAAAAUUGACGUACGCGAGAUCAAACCUUACAAUUCGUUGUAGUUUCAAGAGUCCGAUGGCUUGUCGAGCGUCCGGGGCCUUACCGGCAAGUCGGACGUAGUCAGGCGAAUGAUGUCGGUAAAUGGAGCACAUUCCAAAAAAAUAUUGAAUAUGACACAAUACACGAUUUGUUUCUUGCUAUAGGAAAAUUCAACAAAAUUACCUUUUGGUGUUGCCCGUUGACACUGUCAAUAGCCGGCACCCAGAAUCGUGCGUACCGAAAAAACACAUGUAAACAAUGAUUGUCUCCAAUAUGCGAUUUAUCUUUCAAGAAAUAUUGAGGUGAAUGAAAUACCUUCACGCUAUGUAGUAUGUAGUAGUGCAGACAGUGUGAUAAAAAUAAAAAGUAUUUUAUUAUUUAAACGUAUGUAUGUACAACAUAUAGACAGGGGAAGGGUUCUUUGGUUAAAGCGACAUUUUAGUAAUUUUACAGGAGAGAGUCAUUAAAAGUUUGAAAUUUGAAAAAAAUAUCUUAACCAAAAAAAAAUUAGUCAGCUAUUUUCAAUGGAGUUAAUUUAAUUGAAGUUCAAUUAAAAAUGUCGAACUAUUGAUGUUAAUCUAGACUAAUAUUAUAAAGAGGAAAGAUUUGUUUGUAUGUUUGUAUUGAAUAGGCUCCGAAACUACUGAACCGAUUUGAAAAAUUCUUUCACUGUUUGGAAGCUACACUAUUCCCGGGUACAUAGGCUAUAACUUUUUUGAAAAAAAAUUAGGUAUCCUUACUAAAACUCCACUAAUGUAACCCAAGGUGUAAAAAAAUCACCUAAAAUAUUCUUUACAUCGCGUGCCCUGCGAAAACUAUUCAUGAUAGAAUAAAAUAAUGUACUACGACUUUGUAGAACACAUUAUUGGUUACAAAAAGUGUCGCGACAGCAUAUGUCUGACUAUUAUAGUUAUGCCGCAAUAAGUGUUCUUUUAUUUAAAAAACUAAAACAACGUCAAAUAUCGUUGAAAUUUUUGUUAAAGACCCGAGCGGAGCCGGAGCGGACCGCUAGUAUCAAAUAAAACGCACCUCUAAUUAUAAAGACUAGUGGUCGCCCGGUAGUCGAAAUUCGACUAUAAUUCAUUGAAAUUAUAAGUUUGUACAAUAUUAAGAAUCUAUUUUCAAAAACUAUUAUACUUUUUAUAAUCACAAAUUUCGCCAAGACUACAACUAUAGAAAAAUAUUAAUAAAGACAAACAAUAUUAUAAUCUAUUCUCAAUUUGACAACAGACGUCAAGAACAAAAGUUUGACAAUAAAUAGUAUGCAUGCGUGUUGCGUCAAAUACAUGGUAUGUAGUGUGUGUAAUGUUUUCUUUAUUGUAUUAAUGUAUCUUUUAAGCAAUAUCUUAAAAAAAAUAUUAGCAUUGUGCACUUCUCUAUAUUCUCUAUAAGUGUGGAAAAUUUCAUACUCCUCCGUCCGCGCAAUUUUCGUAAAAAGGGAUACAAAGUUUUUGCUUCACGUAUUAAUAUAUAGAUAAAUGUCGCGUGUUAAGCGAAAUGUCGCUUAUACCAAAUAACCUUACACUCCUCGAUAUAAAUGUUGCUAGACUAAAAAAAGCACAAGUUUGAAGCUUUAAUCUUUUGUUUUUGAAAUUAUUACUCUAAGUAUGUCCUUUCUGUGAUCGUUCCGCUCAAAUUAUUCCAACGAAUAUUUUGUUUGUAAAUUUUUUUUUUUUAUAUACAAAUAUAUAAUAAUAAUAUGUAAAAUAUGUGUUAAAUGAAACUAAGCCGUCCAUUUUGUAUUUUUUAUUUUGUAUUAAUUAAAAAAAUGAAAUAUAUUACCUUAUACACUUAAUAAA